UAAGAAGUCAUUCAUCAAACCCAUCACCUAGAACAAUACAAAGCAAAACAAAUACAAGAAACAAAACAAAAAAAACUCUCUCGACGAGUCCAAAGUUUCGAGAUGAGAAACAAGAACGGUAAAAGAGCCAGAGAAGAGCCACAGGCGAGGAUGGCGGAGUCGGUGGUUCGUAAUCGGAGGUUUGAAGGAAGAACACCAACUAAAGACACGUCAUCAUCGCAAAACUCGUGUCUGUCCACGACGGAGGAAGUGAAGGAGGAGGUUGCAUCGUCUUGGGUUGACGAAGUAGAGUUGCCGGACCCGGAGAUGGUGGUGGUGGGAUGUCGCAGGUGUCUGAUGUAUGCUAUGGUCUUGCAAGAACGUCAACGUUGCCCCAAGUGCAAACGCACCGAUGUGAUCGUCUUUAAUUAGACGAAUCUGUUCUAUGUUAUGGUUUCAAUUUGGACUUUUGAGUUAUUGGUAUAAUGAUGAAUUAAAUUUUCUUUGUAAAGUCCUCCUCUCUAUAAUUAAAUCAAAUUAUUAAGUAUUAAUCUCUA